AUAUCUGUAUAUAAACUGGUCCUCGGGGAUUUGCCCUUCUCCUCAAGCAAGUGAAAUAAAGGCACAUACAGUACCCAUAGCCCUCUCCCGAUCCUGUCCGCGCCGAAGCAUAGAUUAAUCAUGCCGACAGUAAGUGUAAAGUGGCAAAAAGAGCUAUAUCCCAAUGUGGAAAUAGACACUAGCCAGUCCCCAUAUGUUUUCAAGUGCCAGCUCUACGACCUUACUGGAGUACCACCUGAAAGACAAAAGAUUAUGGUCAAAGGUGGUUUACUAAAGGAUGAUGCAGAUUGGUCAAAAUUAGGAGUGAAAGAGGGUCAAAAAUUGAUGAUGAUGGGAACCGCAGAUGAGAUUGUGAAGGCUCCAGAAAAGGGCCCUAUUUUUGCUGAAGACAUGCCAGAAGAAGAACUAGUUAUUCAUGUGGGACAUUCUGCUGGUUUAUUUAAUCUAGGAAACACCUGCUAUAUGAACUCAACAGUACAAUGCUUGCAUUCAGUCCCAGAGUUAAAGUCUGCUUUGAUAAAGUACCCUCGUCCAGUUAGAAGCAAUGAAGUGGACCAGACUUCUCAUUUAUUGACUGUUGCAACACGAGAUUUAUUUAAUGACCUUGACAAAAAUGUCAAGCCGGUAGCACCAAUGAGAUUUUUGACGGAAUUGCGGAAGAAAUAUCCUCAAUUUGCCCAGCUGCACAAUGGAGUUUACAUGCAGCAGGAUGCUGAAGAAUGUUGGACACAACUUAUAUACACCCUUUCACAAUCUCUCAAAUCUCCAAGUUCCAGCGAAGAUCCUGAUGCCGUGAAGAGACUUUUCGGUAUUGACCUAGUUAGCAGGUAUUUCUUGCACUCAGCUUGCUGUUUCUUAUCGUUCUCUCAUGUUGUUUCUUUUGUGCUCUUUCUUCUUGGUAACCUAAUAAGAAAUCAUAUUCAUAAUUCCAUUAGUUCUGUAGAGUUUCAACUUCGGUUUUAUAUUAUGGAGACACAAAUCAAUGGGGUUGUGGAACUUGUUUGUGGUCUGAAAUCGGAAUUGGAGAAGGCUUCUCCUUCUCUAGGGCGAAGUUCCUUGUACUUGAAGGAUUCACGCAUUAAUGAUUUGCCAAGAUAUUUGACUAUUCAAUUUGUACGUUUUUUCUGGAAAAGAGAAUCAAAUCAGAAGGCAAAAAUUUUGCGGAAAGUGGACUAUCCUUUGGAGUUGGAUGUCUAUGAUUUUUGCUCAGAUGAUCUUCGCAAGAGAUUAGAAGUUCCUCGCCGGAUUCUAAGAGACGAGGAGGGAAAGAAGCUUGGUCUAAAAACCAGUGAUAAGAACUCUGGUUCAACGGACAAUGAUGUCAAGAUGGCUGAGGCAGAGGCAUCAUCAAAUAGAAGUGGGAACUCGUCUAAAUCUGAAUCGGUUGAAGAUGCUCCCGAGAAAGAGAAGGCACUGACAGGAAUAUAUGAUUUGGUUGCUGUUCUGACACACAAGGGUAGAAGUGCUGAUUCUGGACAUUACGUUGCCUGGGUCAAGCAAGAAAAUGGGAAAUGGAUUCAGUUUGAUGAUGAUAAUCCAAUCCCACAGCGAGAAGACGACAUUACAAGGCUUUCUGGAGGAGGUGAUUGGCAUAUGGCUUACAUUUGCAUGUACAAAGCUCGCGUUGUUCCCAUGUAAUCUCUUCUUUAGUUCUAUUAAUCCAUUUGUUGUCUACGUCACAUUAUCUAUUCGUGUUUUUUCCAACUAAAUGAAGGCUUCUUGGCAUGUUUGUUCAGCUAUUUGAGGCAUAUUGACAUGUGGUCUUAUCUUUUUCUUCAAGCAUGUUUAGCACUCUUUCAUUUCUGUGGUCAUGUAUUAUGAAUUUGUGAA